AUGAAAUUUAUAAAUUCAAUAUUUAUUCUAGUGGCUAUUUCAUUUUCUUGUAUUAUCACCACUGGGGACAAGCAGGAAAAUUCAUUUGAAUUAGACGACUUAUAUAAAACACUAGAAAUCCUACAGAAGACGCAGUCUAAAGUAAACAACAGAAUGCGCAAAUUAUUAGAGAUAUGUAAAAAAAGGAAUGGUCUUAGUAAAUCAGAAGAAUUCAGGUAUAACGAAUUUUCGGGUUAUUAUAAAGAAAUAACUGAAAAAAUAGAAGAAAUAAGUAUGGAAAUGAAAGAUUAUGAAGACAAGCACAGCCACCAGGAGAAUUCAUCAAACCCGAAUGAUUCAGACGAGUAUAGUGUAGAUGAGAACAACAACAGCAGUUCUUAUUAUACAGCAGAUGAAUAUUCUAAGUCAUAUAAGAAUAAUAAUGCAGAAGAGUCAGUAAAUACAGAAGAGUCAGUAAAUACAGUAAAUACAGAAGAGUCGAUAAAAUUGAUUAAUUCUAUGAAAUCAUUAGAGAAGAGUGUAUUUAAAUUAAGGAGUAUGUAUAUAUCUUAUAUGGCUAAGUAUUUCUAUAAUGCAGACAAAUCUAUGAAUAUAUUUUAUAUGGGCAGCGUUGGGUGUGAUUUAGCAGAGUCUGUUCUGUUUUUCCUUACACAGUAUGCAAGUACAGAAGCGUCAAGUUCAUUUAAAAGUAAUAUGUAUAAUAGAUUACACUCAUUUUUAAAUAACUCUGUCAGUAUAACAGCAGUUAAGCAAUUUUCAUUUAAUUUAAUACACAAUAUGAACAAGGGAAUGUCCUUUAUUGAGGGAAUGAAUGCGUCCUAUCCCAUUCUAAUACGUGAUUUAUUAUUUAAGCCCAAAACAAUGAACAAUGCCAAAUUACAACAAAUGAUCAGUGACUACCGCACAAUAUCCUCUGGAUUAUCAAUUGAAAGGGAUAAUUUAUCUGUCAUUGAUUUAGUCAAUGCUUUAUCCAUUUCUGUGUAUCUUGGUAAGUGCAAUUCAGGUGAUUUUUUAUCAAAAUUAUUAAGUAAUGGAAUUAUAAACACUGUUGCGUAUAUGGUAUGCACUGUGGCAGAUGAUGCCACCAAGAAAAAGAACAUAAAAGAGCUUUCUAUAUUAAAUGAAAGUAUUCUUCAUAAAAACCGAUUAAAGAAAUUCCCAACAGUAAUUUAUCAGUAG